AUGUCUUCGCAUCGUCCCGUCGUCCAAGCCAUCCCACCUUUCAAGGGCGGUCCGCUCCAGGCCACCGACGUCCAGAACCGAAGGCCAACAGCAGCAGAGGCCUACGUCGCACUCGCGAACCGAAAGGCGGGCGCCAACGUCGUCUCGACCCGAGCGACGGGCUCGGAGAACUACCGACCUGCCCACCACCAGGCCACGAGUCAUCAUGCAUCACAACGACAACAGCCCGUGCCAGCCGUAGACCGCAGACCACCACAGCAGCAACAAGCACCAUCAGAGCGUCCCAAACCAGUCUCGCGCCUCGAGAGGGAAAAGAAGCGCCACCACAAUGAUCCAAAGCACAUCGGCCACUGGAAGCUCGACAAGCUCAUCGGUCAGGGGGCUUCCGGCCGUGUUCGUCUUGCUGUCCACGAUCAGACGGGUCAGCGAGCUGCUGUCAAGAUCAUCCCCAGAACCCUCAUCAACGCGAGUCGGAUGAGCUUGCGUGAUGCCGACGUCAAGGCCAACAAGAUGAUCCUCGGCAUCGAGAGGGAGAUCGUCAUCAUGAAGCUCAUCGAGCACCCCAACCUGCUCGGUCUCUGGGACGUGUACGAGACAUCCAAAGAUCUCUUCUUGAUCAUGGAGUACGUGGCUGGCGGAGAGCUCUUCGACCACCUCGUCGCCCAAGGCAAGCUCACCCCUCGCGAUGCCCGCGGAUACUUCCGUCAGAUCAUCUUCGGCAUGGACUACUGCCACCGCUUCAACAUCUGCCACCGUGAUCUCAAGCCCGAAAACCUUCUUCUCGACGAAACCAAGAAGAUCGUCAAGAUCGCCGACUUUGGUAUGGCCGCUCUCCAGCCCACCGAAAAGAUGCUCGAGACCAGCUGUGGCUCCCCACACUACGCUAGUCCUGAGAUCGUCAGCGGUAAGAGGUAUAAGGGCACUGCCAGUGAUAUCUGGUCCUGCGGUAUCAUCCUCUUCGCCCUUCUCUGCGGUCGAUUGCCCUUCGACGACCCCAACAUCCAGCAGCUGCUUGGCAAGGUCCGAGCAGGCAAGUUCAUGAUGCCUGAAUGGCUCGAGCCCGCCUCCAAGGACCUCAUCUGGAGAAUGCUCGAGGUGGACCCCGAGAAGCGCAUCAAGAUGACCGAUAUCAUGCGUCACCCUUGGUUCACCAACAACGGCAAGGAGUCGUCCGUCAACCCCGUCUCGACGUCGCUCGACACCUUGCAGAUGGAACAGCUCACGCUCGACACCAUCGACGUUGACAUUCUCGGCAACCUCAAGACGCUCUGGUCCGAGCUCAGCGAGGAUGACAUCGUCAAGGAGCUGCUCGCUCCUGGGCCGAGCUGGCAGAAGACCUUCUACACGCUGCUCGUCGCUCAUCGCGAGAAUCAUUCGGCAGACGACGAGGAUGACAUGGACGGUGACUUUAUGAACGAGCAGAUCGUCACUGCUAGCGCUGUGCCCGCACAUGCCCUCCUGUCGACAUCGAGCGCGGCCAAGAGCCUCGAGAAGGCUCGCCCUCGUCGACCUAGCGACGUUGGCGCUGCCACCUCGGCACCUUCUUCUCCCCUUCUGGAAAGCGCCGAGAUGGAUCGCAGGCACAGCACGCCAGAGAAGGGCUCCGUGUACAACACCACCCCAACUCGACAAAGUGAUGCCGCUACUCCGACCAAAGUCGCUUCGCCUCAUGUGCGACCCGCCAAUCCUUCUCCACGCCUGCGCCCUUCGCCACUCGAUUCCCCUGCCGCCAUCUCCAAUGGGACCUACGCUUCCCCCUCGAGGCUUAGGGCACCCGUCCCCAUGGAAAAGGCCGCAUCGACCUCGAGCCCUCGCGCAAACAAGACGGGAAGCUAUGUGCUACCUCAGAUCUCGCUCCAGACGGCCUCGCCUCAGCGCAACGAGCGUCCGUCCGCUGAUCUACAGCGACGCAACACUUCGCCGACAAAGAGCAACACAGCUGCGACGAGCGCACCGCCUUCGGCGCGCGUUGCGUUGGCCAACUUGUACGAUGCACCGACGGCUUCGCACGCUGCCGCUGCGUCGUCUUCGUCCACUUCGUCGACGUCGUCUGUCAAUGCAGCUCGCACCCGCGCCAACCGCGGCUCUGCCUCCGAGAUGCUGCCUCCUGUGCCGCUUCCUGGACGUGCUUCGUCGCGCCCUGUUUCGCCGAUGAAGACGACCUUCGGUGCGAUCGCCACUCUGCCUCCUCAGCCUGCUCCUCAGCCUGUGCCGCAGAGGCCAUCGCCGGCUCGAGCCCACACCACCACCGCCGCUGCUCCGUCCAUCCAAGUGCCCCAGGUAGGCGACGCUACGAUGCAGAAGUUCUUCCAGGAGAUCGCGGAUGAGCUCGCAUCCAUUCGCAAGACAGGGGACAAGCCCGAUGCGCUUCAGUCCAAGCUCGAGCAGCUCAAGAGCUCCAUGGCCCAGCAGCGUCCACCUCAACAGCAGCAGCCACAGCCCUCCGCUUCGGCAGACCGCCCCAAGAACUCGGAGGUCAACCAAUUUGAGGAUGCCGAGGACGAUGUCAGCGAAGGCGAGAGCGUGCGAUCCGUCUCGCAGACGUACACGGCCUCGACGCCCAUGACGCCUUUGAGCCCCGCCGAGCUCAUCGCUCCCCUGUCGCUGACGGACAAGAUGGGCCCCGGUGCCAGGACGAGUGUGGCAAGCACGGGGGCAAGUUCCACCACCAGUGCGAGGAACUCGGUCCGUAGCGGUCGUUCGGCGGUCGAGGCGAGCAGCUCUGGUGCGACAUCGCGACCCACGAGCGUGUUCAGUAACAUCAGUACCGGCAGCACGGGUCUCGGCAGGAAGCGAUCGCUGUUGGGCUUGCGCCGCGGAGACAAGCACCAGGCGCAACAGCAGCAGACCGCUGCGGACGCCAACACGAUCCGAUCGAUCGCCUACGACCAGGCUCACGCUCCUCCUGCCCUUGCUAGCAUCUUUGCGGCACCCGGCGUGGGUCGCUCUGGCCAGGCUGCUUCGAACGCAUCGUCGACCCGCACGCAAAAGCUCAACCCCGGCCUUGGUCUGGACAUGGGCGCUCACUCGGCGGGAGGUGUCAUUUCGCCACCUACCACGCCUGUGACGCCUCAGCUCGCGACGCUCGCGCCUGUCGCCGCGAGCCACUCUUACUCUACGGCACCGGGCAAGAAGGACAGCUGGUUCGCCGGCCUCUUCAACUGGAAGCCGGCGACGUUCACGCUCAUGUCGACCGAGAACUUCUCCGAGACGCUGAGCGAGUGCGUGCGUCGGCUGCAGAGCUACGGCGUGCGCGUGGCGAUGGACGACUCGAGCGAUGUGCACCACACGACGCUCAAGUGCACCAUCAACGAGUACCGCGAGUCGAACGGCGUCGUGACUGCUGCCAAGCCGCUGCGAUUCCGGGUCGAGCUCAAUAUCCUGCCUGUUGGAUCGACGGGCAAUUCGCCUCAGGUCGGUGGCGGGCUGGGUUUGACGUUGAAUGGCAGCGCGUUGGGCGGCGGUGUGAUGAACCACGGACUGCCUUCGCCUGCGCUGAGCACCCGGUCGCGCGGCAGCAGCGCGGGCGGCGUCACGUUCGCUACGUCGGUGCAGGUGGUGCAGGAGAAGGGCGCGCUGAGCACGUUCAAGCUGGUCCACGGCCGUUUGAGGCGCGAGUGGACGCUCGAUCUUGCUUCUGCGGUCAUCUGA